ACGUUCGCUCUCCUUUCCCAUCCCACCACUGCUGCACACACGCACGGCAGAAGCUGUGACUACACGGCAGCAUGACGGGAUCUUCAAAGAUCUCCAAACAGGUCGGACAGCGGAUAUCAUUCUCAACUCGGCUCGCCAUUCUCCUCGCAAAAACACUGACAAGUUCCAACUUUCUAUCUCCGAACAGCCGCAAUGUGUCUGCUUCGGCCACGAGUGGAUCUUUGACUGCGCUAUGAAUCCACAAGUGCAAUUCCUGUCGCACUUUGGUUAUCUGACUUGAGCUGAUGACCUCUGAUCAGAGCGAGAUUAUCGCACAAUUGCAUAAACGGUAAAUUGCCAUAGUCCUAAGUGCAACCGUAAACAAGAUAGCGAGGGAGUGUUGAGUCCAAAAGAACAAUAUAACAUAUAACGCGUUACGUUUUCCGGGGGUGGGGGGCAUACUGCAUCUAAGAGACACAAUCUGACAGUGACAAAACAGCAUUUUACAUUGUUGUCAUUUCUCAUAUCCACGUGGCUAAAAAUUGUCACGUCAUUCCGAGUUGGAAAUGAAAUAGAUUAAACAUUUUCGUCAAUUAUAUGCUAUUGUGUGUCAUAUUGCACUUUUGUAUCGAUAAUAAUUGUACUUUUGUACGCCUCGGACAAUGUCCAAGAUAAACUUAUGUAGACGGGGCGACCCCUGGUGGUCAUUUGAAGGCAUGACACGUACUCGCCGUCACCAAAAUCUCACACCAACAUCAUACAUUUGCUGAAAUAAAAUCACGCGAUAAACGCGACGGUACUCCAACUUAUAACAUUACUGUACGGUGUAGAAAUUCCGAAUGCAUUGGGAAGCUCACAAACACUUGCUCAUCUUUGAGCCUGGCGGGAGGACUGAUGAGAAACACGACGUCACUUUUCUUGAAUAUGAUUCGCCCUGGGAGGCAGUGAAGAAGCUGCGCAUUCGAGAUCUUAACGCAGCAUCCCCUGCGCCACUCGUUUCCGUUUGAAACGGGUCUUGGGAGCUAUUUUUUUUUUUUUGCCUUCUAACGAUGGCAGAGAGCGAAGUCAAUACGCCCAGUACACCGAUUGAGUAUGACAGCAAAUACUUUGAAUUUGAUGGCAUUCGGUUGCCACCUUUCUGCAAAGGAAAGAUGGAGGAAAUCGCCAAUUUCUCCCUCAGAGGUAGCGAUAUAUGGAUUAUUACCUACCCCAAAUCAGGCACCAGUCUACUUCAAGAGGUUGUGUAUCUUGUGAGUCAAGGAGCAGACCCAGAUGAAAUUGGCCUUAUGAACAUAGAUGAACAGUUACCUGUCUUAGAGUACCCUCAACCGGGCUUGGACAUCAUUCAGGAGCUCACAUCCCCACGCCUCAUCAAAAGUCAUCUCCCCUACCGAUUUCUUCCAACAGGAUUGCACAACGGAGAGGCUAAGAUAAUCUACAUGGCUCGUAACCCCAAAGACCUGGUCGUGUCCUACUUUGAGUUCCAUCGAUCUCUUCGAACGAUGAGCUACCGAGGAUCCUUCCAGGAGUUCUGCCAACGCUUCAUGAAUGACAAGCGUACGUAUGCAAUUGGAUACGGUUCCUGGUUUGAACACGUUUUAGAAUUCUGGGAACACCGCAUGGACUCCAAUGUUCUCUUUUUGAAAUAUGAGGACAUGUACAAGGAUCUUGGAGCAUUGGUGGAGCAGUUAGCCUGGUUCCUGGGAGUAUCUUGCGACAAGGUUCAGCAUGAGGCAAUGGUGGAAAGCUGCAACCAGCUUAUUGAGCAGUGCUGUAGUUCGGAGGCUCUGUCCAUCUGCAGGGGUCGCGUCGGUCUGUGGAAGGACGUCUUUACUGUGUCAAUGAAUGAAAAGUUUGAUGCCGUGUAUGGACAGAAGAUGGGAAAGUCCAACCUGAAGUUUGAUUUCUGCCUCGGACAAAGGCCCGUCCCCACCCUCUAGUCCACUUGAGUAGAAUCCACCCGUCACUUCACGUUAAACGCCGUGGCUGCACAUUCAAUGAAUACUUUUGCUGUGCUAAAAUAUGAAAUGACAUAUACCGGACGGAGAUGUCACGGAGUGACUCGAACUACGAAUCUGGAUUAUCAUUUCAAGAAAAAAUUACAGGAAAAAAAAUACAUAUUUUUCCAUUGCACAUAAAUUUAUCCUUUGUAUGAACUUCUGUUUAACUGUAUAAAUUAUGAAAAUCAAUCUACAAUGUUCCAGAAAGUGCAGUAUGUUGAUUCUUAUUGAUUUUCACCACUGCAUACAGUGAAGUAUUUUUUUUUAGUACUGCUUGACGAAUUUUCCUGGAUUCUUAUGACUUUUAUAUUAAUAUAUUGAGAAUCCCGCCAAUGAAUCAAGUCCCGAAAUACGAAUAUGCCGCACUCAUGACACGCCCCACCCAUCAGCGAGGAGGGACCAGGCACCCUGCCAAGAGCGUGGGAGGUGGAUGAGCUCCAAACCAAAGAGGUGCCAACUCCCACAACAUGCCCCAAGGAUGGGGUGUGUGUGUGUGGGGGCGGGGGGGCUCAAAGGACAGAGGAGAAAAAGAGGCCAGCUCCAGUGUUAUACAGUAUAUGCAGUAAUAUUUAACCAUUGCUUGGUAUUGAUACACCCACUCCUCAACUACAAAUAAAAUCACACGCUGUGAUUAUAUUCUA